GAGUUAUAUAUCUCACUUUUCAAUCUCUCCGGCCGACUCUCUCAAAUAUUUCUCAGCCAGACAGUGCACCAUUCCGUCGAAACUCUUCCACAUUAAUCUUAUUAUUAAUUGUUUAAAAUGAAUUCUAAUAUAGUACCACCAAAACCCAAGUUUAGAGCAUUGAAGGCUCAAGAAAUGUCGAAUGGAAAAGUUGAAUUUCGGAUGAUUUACGUUCCUCGCCAUAGAUAUGCGCCACUUAAAAAAUCAUGGAUGGACAUCUAUGCACCAAUCUAUGAAGAGAUGAAGAUCGACAUACGCAUGAAUUUGAGGGCUCAAAAGGUGGAAUUGAAGACAAGAAAAGACACACCCGACAUUACAAAUCUACAAAAAUGUGCAGAUUUCGUUCAAGCUUUCAUGCUAGGUUUCGAGGUGAUUGACGCCAUUGCUCUAUUGCGUUUGGAUGAACUGUAUGUUGAGUCUUUUGAGAUAAAAGAUGUAAGGAGACUAAGUGGAAAGGCGCAGUUGUCUCGUACAAUUGGUAGAGUUGCUGGCAAAGGAGGUAAGAACAAGUUUGAGAUUGAGAAUGGUAGCACCACAAGGAUUGUGGUUGCGGAUCAUAAGAUUCACAUUCUGGGUUCGUUUGCUAAUAUCAAGAUUGCUAGGUCUGCAAUUUGUCUCUCUAUUUUGGGUUCUCCCCAACCCAAGAUAAGGGCUAAGUUAAGAGCUCUUACUGCUAGACUGGCUGAGAGGUAAUGCUCCACGCUAGCUAUCU